AUGAUUAGCACAAACCAUUGUUUGGUCAACAUCCUGAGCAAAUUUCCUUAUCAUUCGAAAAUUAUCAUUAAUCUUCUCAUCGGCUAGUUUGAAGCAGCUGUAUUUGUGGUUUUCUAUUGCACUCAAAAUGAUUUCAAAAUUCGUCCUGCUCGCAUUAGCGUGUGGGCUGGCUGCGGCGGCAGUGAAGGUGCCUUUGAUGCGGGUGCCCAGUGCCAGACAGACUCUGGCUGACAAGGGAUACCGACUGGACGAGAUGUACGACAUCACCAAGGCCAACAGCCAGCUCAAGGCGAACAAGUAUCACGCGAACAGGGCGGAACAUCUCACAGAUUACAUGGACGCCCAGUACUACGGAGCCAUCUGUAUCGGAACGCCCUGCCAGACAUUCACUGUCAUCUUUGACACUGGAUCCUCCAACCUGUGGGUUCCUUCUAAGAAAUGCUCCUUCACCAAUAUCGCAUGUCUGUUGCACGACAAGUAUGACUCAACUCAGAGCACCUCUUACCAGGCCAAUGGAACUAAGUUUGCGAUCCAGUACGGAACUGGAGAGUGCUCUGGAAUUGUCAGUAGUGAUACUGUGUCCGUGGCUGAAAUUUCAGUGAAGAACCAGCUGUUUGGGGAAGCGACCAAAGAACCCGGAGUCACGUUUGUGGCAGCCAAGUUCGACGGUAUUCUUGGAAUGGCCUACCCCUCGAUCGCAGUUGAUGGUCUGGAGCCCUGGUUCAACAACGCCUGGGAUCAGGGACUGGUGUCGGCCAACAAGUUCGGUUUCUGGCUCAACCGGGACCUAAACAGCGCCGAAGGUGGAGAAAUCUACUUCGGAGGAGCAAACCCUGACCAUUACACUGGUAACUUUACCUGUACUGAUGUGACGAGCAAGACAUACUGGCAGUUCAAAAUGGACGGCGGAUCCGUGAGUGGGUCUGGAGUGUCAUUCUGUGAGAAUGGAUGCCAGGCCAUAGCCGACACAGGAACCUCACUGCUCGCAGGACCAGUGGCUGAGGUCAAAAAGAUCCAAGAGGCCAUUGGAGCCACUCCCAUCGUGGGGGGAGAAUACCUGGUGGACUGCAAGAAGCUGGACUCCAUGCCAGACGUCACUUUCACCAUCGCCGGAAAGGACUUCACACUGACUGCCGAGCAGUAUGUACUGCAGGUCACCUCGCAAGGACAGACCGAAUGUCUGUCUGGAUUCAUUGGCCUCGAAAUCCCCACUGGACCUCAGUGGAUCCUGGGAGAUGUCUUCAUCGGACCCUACUACACCCUGUUUGACUUUGAAACAGACCAAGUGUGCUUCGCAGAGUCGAAGUAAACAGAAAAGCUCUGUGGCAGAACUUACACUAAACAGAUUAUGAUGAUGAUUAACAGAUACAUACAGGCUGUAUUACAACUCACUUAUUAACUGGAUCAAGGACUUGUAACUAUUUUAACGUCUUGAAAUUGUAACAUAUGGUUCUUAUCGUAAAUUUAAUUCUUAAUGAUUGGA